AUGCUGUUAAGAAGAAGAAGCUUUUUUACGAGUCCUCAAAUUCGAAGAAAGGAGGUGGUUUCGAGGAGGAGGAGCAGGAGGCACGCGUCCGCGUUCGAUGAGAAUGCUUCCCCAAAAGAGUCGUCGUCGAUAAAGAAAGUCGUCGUCCUCGGCGGCGGGUUUGGCGGGCUGUACUGCGCGUUAAAGCUCGAUUCUUUGUUCGCGACGAAUACACGCGGCGACGAUUCGGGCGAAAAGAAGAAACCAACGAUGAUUGUGACUUUAAUCGAUACCAACGAGAAGUUUCUCUUUAAGCCGUUGAUGUACGAGUUGUUGAAUUCAGACAUGGAGGAAACGGACGUGGCGCCUUUGUACGAGGAACUGUUGGAGAACACGACGGUACGAUUUUUGCAAAAAGAAGCGAUGAGAGUGGAACCGGAGAAAGUUUUGAAAACGAAAAGCGGGAGUAAAGUGAGCGGGACCGGUGGGGAGGUUAUCGUGCGAGAUGUGGAGACGAAGGAAGAGGAACGCGUGAAGUACGAUUACUUGGUCGUAUCGCUCGGCGCCAAGGUGGAUUUCGAGUCCGAGAAAAAUUUCGUGAAAGGCGCGAGAGAAUUCGCGAUGCCAUUUAACGGGCUGGAUGACGUGAAAAGAAUGAGGGAGAAGAUUGAACGAUUGAAAGAAGAUGGUGCAGAGAGGGGCGAGAGGACGGUGGCGGUGGUUGGCGCCGGGUACGCGGGAGUAGAGUUGGCGUUGUGUUUAGCGCGAUGGUUCGAAAGAGAAGACGGAUUGAAAGACGUGAAAAUUAAAUUGGUCGCAAAGGAUGGGAAAGUACUCAGUAGCGCGACGGUAGGUGGAAAGAACGCGGCGAGGAAGGCGUUGGAGAAAGCCUCGAACGUGGAAAUUGUAGACGGAGUGGUCGGCGCGAUUGAAAGGAGUAGCAGCGAGAGUAGUAAAGUGAACAUUUCUUUGACAAAGGGUGAUUCAUCUUUGCAAACGAUCGAAAGCGUCGACAUGUGUUGUUGGACGGUUGGUUUGUCCGCGAAACUUCCAACCAGCGAAAACGACUGGCCGUUUGAGCAAGACCCGCGGACGGGGAAAAUCGUCACCGACUCCACCUUAAAAGUCGCCGGGUACGACCGAGUUUUCGCCUUGGGUGAUAACAGUAUACAGCGCGAAUACGAAAAAAAGGACGCCGCAAAUCGCGAGGAAGAAAAGCCUGCCACGGCGCAAGUCGCCUUCCAAGCCGCGGACUAUUGCGCCUGGAACGUCUGGUCCGCCAUCAACAAAAAAUCCCUCCUCCCGUUUCGCUACCAACACCUAGGGGACAUGAUGACCUUAGGCGACAAAGAAGCCGCGGUCCAAUUCCCAGUCGGCGAAGAAACCACAUUAGACGGUUCCGCCGCGUUCGCUUUGCGUAGAUUAGCGUACCUCUACCGCAUGCCAACCAACGGUCAGCGAUUGAAAAUUGGACGGAAAUGGUUAUCGGCGAUAAGCUCGAACCCGAGCGCUUUCGUCGGCGAAGUCAUCGAAGGAUUGAAUUCGUACACUUCUUCGAGGUAA